UUAUUCAGUGGAGCCUGAAGCCUGAGAGAGAGAGGUGAGGUUCCAUGUCACAACUGGAGCUGUUCAGCGAGCAGUUGGUGCUGAAGUCGGGAUUGAACCGACGUUUUAACUAGGAGGCUUUCGUUAUCUUAAAAGGAUUUAACCAACCUGUUUACUUCACUUUACAGUCACACCGUUUCUGUCAGAGGCAAAAGACUGGAUUGGAUCAAUCUCACAUUGAUAGACUGCUGCUUUAUAACUGCUUUUCAACUCGCUGGAGAAAUUAUUUGGUUGAAAUACUUUGUGACAGGACUAUCAGGAAAUACCAAUGAGGACACUUAAGUGGUGGUCAGCAAUUUUAUUGCUUGGAGUUACCUUACUGGUAAUAGAGGGAAGGCCAAGCAAGGAUGGAUUUGACCCGAAACCCUAUCAGCCUCUAGUGAGAUUGCGACACAAGCAAGAUGGAAGCUCAGAGAGAUUACGGAUUAAAGGGUACUUCGGUCAGGAUGGCCAUUUUGGAGGCUGUGAGAAUAAGUACUGCGGUUUGGGGCGACACUGCAUUGUUAACAGGGAGACUGGGUUGGGAGAGUGCGCCUGCAUGGAACGCUGCAAACCUCAUUAUAAACCAGUCUGUGGUUCAGAUGGGGAACUCUAUGAAAACCAUUGCGAGCUUCAUCGCGCUGCCUGUUUAAAGAAGCAAAAGAUCACUGUUAUUCACAGCGAAGACUGCUUCUUCAAAGGUGACAAAUGCAGGACAACUGAUUAUGGCAAACUAAAAAAUAAGAUGCUUGAUCUGCAGAACCAGAAGUAUGUCAAACAAGGAAAAGGGGGGGAAAAUGAAGACAAAAUGUCCCUGAAGAAAGUGCUGGUAGACCUGAUGUUUAAAUACUUUGACUCGGACAACAGUGGUCUUGUCGACAGCAACGAGCUGUCACAGGUAAUAAAACAAGAAGGACUGGGUAAGGAUCUCUCGGAGUGCACUUUGUUUGAUCUGUUGAAAUACGAUGAUUACAAUGGUGAUAAGCAUCUGUCAAAGGAGGAGUUCUACAGGUCAUUUGAGGUGCUUCAGCUGAGUCUGCAGGAAGACCAGAAAAUGAGCAUCACCACAGCAACAGUUGGACAGAGUGUGGUCCUGACCUGUGCCAUUCAGGGAACUCAGAGGCCCCCAAUCUUAUGGAAGCGCAACAACAUAGAGCUAAACACCUUGGAUCUAGAAGAUAUAAAUGAUUUUGGAGAUGAUGGGUCGCUGUAUAUUACCAAGGUUACCACAACCCACAUGGGUAACUACAGCUGUCAUGCAGAUGGCUAUGAGAAGCUUUAUCAGAUUCAUAUUCUCCAAGUGAAUGUUCCACCUGUCAUCCAGGUCUACCCAGAAAGCCAAGCCAGAGAGCCAGGUGUAACUGCUAGCCUUAGGUGCCAUGCAGAAGGCAUCCCUAACCCUCAACUUGCUUGGUUGAAGAAUGGCAUUGAUAUAACACCAAAAUUAUCAAAACAGCUAACUUUACAGGCAAAUGGAACUGAAGUACACAUAAGCAAUGUGCGUUAUGAAGAUACAGGAGCAUAUACAUGUAUUGCAAAGAAUGAAGCUGGAGUGGAUGAAGACAUCUCAUCUCUAUUCGUUGAGGAUUCUGCUAGAAAAACACGUCUAGGGGUUGGAAAUAUGUUCUAUGCAUUCUAUGAGGAUGGGAUUAAGGUCAUCCAGCCUGUGGAAUGUGAAAUUCAGAGACAUAUAAAGCCAAGUGAAAAGCUACUGGGAUUCCAGGAGGAAGUUUGCCCUAAACUGGAGGGUGAUGCCACUCAGAGAUGUGCCUGGGCCUCUGCGGUGAACGUCAAAGACAAAUAUAUUUAUGUCACACAGCCAUAUCUGAACAGAGUGCUCCUGAUUGAUGUCCACUCACAAAAAGCUGUGCAGUCUGUGAGUACUGAUCCGGUUCCAGUGAAACUCCACUAUGACAGAUCCCAUGAUCAGGUCUGGCUUCUCAGCUGGGGGGAUAUGGAGAAGACCACACCAACACUUCAGGUGAUAAACCAAGCCAGUGGGAGUGUGUCCCACCACACUAUCCAUACCCAGCCAGUUGGCAAGCAGUUUGAUAAGGUGGAGGAUUUUUUUAUUCCAGCCACAACCCUCAUCAUUAAUCACAUCAGGUUUGGAUUCAGUCUUCAUAAAGAUGAACCUGCCCUUCAUAAACUUGACCUUGAGACCAUGGCCUAUGUAAAGAAGAUUAGCCUGAAAGACCACGACUGUGUACCAAAGUCCCUGGCAUACACCCACUUGGGGGGAUACUACUUUAUCAACUGCAGGCCCGACUCAACCAAUGCCAUGAAACCUCAGCUCAUAGUUGACAGCGUUACUGACUCUGUGAUUGGCUACAACAGUGAUGUUACUGGCACCCCCUAUAUGUCUCCUGAUGGACACUUCCUUGUCAGCAUUGAUGAUGAAAAGGGCCUCAUGAGGGUCCAGUCCAUUACAAUUCGAGGGGAUAUCCAGGAAGCAUUUGACAUCCACACUAAUUUGCACAUCUCAGAUGUGGCUUUCCAGCCUUCCUUCACUGAGGCCCAUCAGUACAAUGUGUUUGCUAGUUCAGGGUUACAGACAGAUGUGCUGUAUGUGGAGUUAGCCUCUGGUAAAGUAAAGAUGGUGAAGAGCCUGAAGGAGCCCAUGAAAGGGGUGGAGUGGCCCUGGAAUAGUAAAAACCGCAUGAUCAUGGACAGUGGUCUAUUUGGUCAGUACUUGAUGACACCUUCAAGGGAAUCUUUGUUCAUUCUGGAUGGUCGGCUAAAUAAAUUAAACUGUGAGAUCACUGAGGUAUUUAAGGGAAACACGGUUAUGUGGGUUGGGGAAGCAUAGAAAAUUCCUGUAACUUGAUUUUAGGGUAACAUUGCACUCAAUCUGCUCUUAACAGUACACCCUUUUCCUUUUUACAGUCCGUAAUAUAUAUAAUGAACUACAUAUACAAUCUGUUUUGCCAGAACAACCAAAAGACAUUUACUAAAAUUGGACUUGGAGGCAACAUAAAAAAAUAAAAAGCAAUUUGGAAGAAAAAUGUCUGUUUUGAAUUUUUAUAUUGACAAAAAAUUAGGAGCCAAUUAGAAUAAUUAUUUUCAAGAAGAGGGCUCGAAAAAUGUGAGAGCGAGCAAUUCUGUAGCAACUCAAAGAUUAACUGCAUAAAAAUAUAAAGAGAAAUAAAUGUGUCUUUAGCUGCUGGGAGUUUUGAACUGCCAUACUAAAAUCAAUUUGUGGCUUGUAUAUCCAACUGAUUUUUCUUUUGGCCUGAAAUGAGGGGUGGGUGUGUUGUUCCACCUUUCAUGUUAAGAAUUUUAACAUCAGAGUCCUGGCCUGUCCUGUCCAUGAUGUAAUCUUGUUGUUGUGCCUUCAUGGAAUACACUUACAAGAGGUGGAACUAAAUAAUAUAAUUAUUCCCAUUGUGGCUACAGAUUGCUUGUCACAAGGAGAGAAACGUUUCAGCUCUCAACUGUUUACUGUCCAUCAUGCUGACAGUCUAAAUUGUUUAGAAUACAAGAGUGAAGGAAUCUUUUCAUUAAUUAAUGAUGUCCCUACUGAGUCCCGUAUUUGUUUGGGUAGGUAACAGUUAAUGAUUUGAAUUAACUAUAUUUUGGUAUUGCUAUUGUAAAACCACUAGAUAAUACCAACAACAAUAUGCAAGUAGAUAUGCUAGGUGCAUUUAAAAACAAGAUGUACUUUUGGAUGGUAUAGACAUAGACAGAUUCAAAAGACUGUCAUUCUUUUUCUGAGUGGCAACAUUCCAUUGAAAGUUAUUUUGAGGAAUACUAAUAAUUAAAAUUUGAUUGGAAUGCUGUUGUUACUUUUUAACUUUUAAUUCAAUAUUUGGCCACUCCGGGCUAGUACUGACUGCAUCUUAUAUAUUAUUUCAAUAUAUGUGAUGGACGUCAUCGGUAAUACGCAUUGUAUUGUGUAUUUUCUAUAGACAUUUAAGGUUUGAGGUAGAAUAAUAGCAGCACUUCGUUAUCAUGUAUGAUGUAUGGUUACAUUUUAGAGAAAUGUCUAGUUUUGUGAAAAAAAAUGCAGUUAAAAGAGCUCUGUUAUUUUGAAGAUGUGUAAUACGUAAGAACCUGUUGUUGGAUAACAUUGUAAAAAUAACAGCAAUGUUAAGAUUGAGUUUUUCAACUUCUUUUCUUUAAAUACCUUCGACUCUUACCUUUGUUACUUAUUUGGAAAUGUUAUAAGUGCACUACAGUACAGUAUGCGCUUCGUAGAGUAAGUCUCCCCUGAAUGGGUGUAGUCUAUGCAUUUUCAUUCUUAAAGCCUGUCUAGAUUAGGGCAUUUUAGGAUGAACCUUUUCAAAUGUAAUAAUGUUGCUUAGUAUGUGUAGGGCUUCAAAUUUAAACAACACCCAAGUGUAAGCCUGAUAAAUGGUUGCCGAUUUAAAACUUUUUAAAAACUUUUUUAUUUAAGUAACCUAUUAAGGCUAUUACAUUGUAAAGGCCAUCAUUCAACAAAUUGAUCUUUUUAGAAUAUUCCCUUUGACAUAGAAUAUGUUUCUUCAUAACCUCACAUUUUCCUCAUAGGUCACGAGACAUAUUUUCUAGUUAUGUCAUGUAAAUAGCAGCGACGUGAGCUGUGUGAUAGACCACUUUUUAAUUUGCAGAAAUGUCCUUGAGUCAGUUCUACUGGAGAAAAAAAAAAAUCAUUGUAAUUUCUAGAAAGUGAAUCCCUUUUUUUUUUAAGAAAAACAAAGCAAUGACAUUUCUCCAUGAGUGAUCAAGUAAAAUGUGAUAUCUCUUAAUAAACCAUUAAGCCUGUCAUGUCCAUUCUAGCCUUGUAUGUAAAUCCAUGUGGAUGUUCUGUAAGUAGAAAUUGCUUGCCACUGACAAAAGAAUAAAGCCCACACCUAUUAAAA